AUGGCUUCCUAUAAGUCGCAAUUCGCUCCCCCAAGAAGGAUGGAGGACCGAGCGCCCACCACUCGGUUGCCGCAACGAUCUGUUACUCCUACCACAAUCACAUCCCAAUUACCCACCCCGAGCCAGUCCAAACUACAGAAGAGGAGGCCCUCGCGAGACGACCAGGCGUACCCCCGAGGCCCUACCAGCCAAAAAGGGCCUGUGCAGACAGUCAGCUCCCGCCAGGGAAGCAGCAGUCGCGCAGUACCUAUGAACCUCCAGAAACCGGGCAUGAUAAGUUCAAAACCAACGCCUCAAAGUUCGACAUCUCGUUUACCCAAGCUUGAAGUACCCGCAAGUACUCGCACGCCUUCACUUGCCUCGGGAUCUUCCGCAUCAACAAUUGAAAGCCCGCGAUCCAAUGUAUUGAGAAGGAAGCAAACGAACGUUGGAGUCGCAAACAGCAGGCAAGCUUCCCGGAUCCGGGACGAUUCGAUGUCAUCCCAAGACGACGACAGGCAGCAAUUUGAGUGUAUACCUGGUGGCUACAAGGAUCCUUUCUCCGAGACUGUUCUCGGAAUCUCGUUACCACCAUCUUCGACCAUUCUAGCUCAUUCAGAAGCUGAGAUUCAAAUAUACGGCAAUGGUCUUUACGACUAUGAGAUUGGCCCGACAGACAUCUUACCCCUACCAACGCCACAGUAUGCGCUCUCUGCAACACCAUCAACACGUUACUCGGGGUCUCCUGGCCCAUUCAGCAUUUCUUCGACUCCCACAUCCAUGUCAUCAUACUCACCUGGGGCUACGCUAUCGAAAACGUCGCUGCGGACAAUGCAGGCUAGUCCGCUGCAGAACAGACCACCAGCGACCCGGCAUAGAACUCCUGAUGAAAAUAACCCUCGACAUCCUCAUACGCUUUCUACUGUCCGCGAGUCUUCGACUUCCUCAUCAUCUGCGUCCACUGUCAUUAUAGAAUGUGGAAGGCCCAAAGAGAAGCAAUCGCCGAGCCGACUUGCUGCGUUGCCUCAAAGUCCUCAAGUACCGGCUGGCUUCCAAUCCUCAGAGAACUCUCGCGUGCAAGCCCCCCCUGAGUUUGCUCACCUUGCGGAUCAGUCGCCGGUAUCGCUACCUGCACCUAGACGGCCUUCAAGGCCAAGCAGGGAUGGUACGCCAGAGAUUGUCGGACUUCGAGGCCCGUCACCCGUUAUUCAAAGCAAUAUGGCCCACUUUCCCGCAUCACAUAGACGCACCAGCUCUACUGAGUCCAAGUCUGCGCCAAUGCCAGCUGCGAGAUCGAAGAUGAGUGUUCCAACGAAGCCAUCCUCUCGGCUUCCUUCAUCAAACUCGCCCUUACCCGCCGCAACUCGUGCGCCGACGCGUGGGCCAACACCCGAUAUUCAGAGUGAUCGUGAGACGCGAAGAUCUAGUACGCUUCCAGCCCCCGCCCCAGCUCCUAGCCCAGGAAAAACGUCGAGGUUUGGCUUCUUCAGCCGUCGCACCAAGACGGAGCCAACUGCUUCAGCCGCGAAAACAGAGAGCAAGCUUCAUCGACGCGGGCCAGCAGCAGGCACUGGUCACGAAGGCUAUGGCAGAUACGCUGUAAGAGGCCGAAGUGGAAGCUCGGUCAGUGCUACUAGCAUCGGGCGGUCAGCCAGUGCAGGUACUACCUCUGAAAGCUUGGAUCAAACACCUUCGACUCGCAAAAGCAGUAUGACUAGUACCACAAGUGGGGACAUGGACGACUUCUUCCUCAAUCGACUCGCUCCUGUUGUUAUUCGAGGUACUGGAAGCAGCUCGGAGCUGUCACGCAGUCCGGACCCCAUGCAGAGCAGUAGCAGUUUGGACAUCUCUGUCCGUCCCGGAGUGGAGUUGAAGAAGACAGCUAGCAACAUGUCACAGUCUGCAGUCGAAAAGAACCGACCCUCAUUACUGCCAUCGGCGAUGCCAGACACUAUGCGCGGAGGAUCGCCAAUGAAGAAGAUGACCUUGGGUCUGCGGAGGCCCUCCGAAAGCGACGAUGAUUCGAAGAGAUCUUUCCUGCCUGCGCUAUCUUCGAAACGAACGUCGCGCGCAUUACAAACUGUACAACGGCCAAGCGCCCCUGCAGCCUCUGAGAAGGCACGUAAUAACUCUACAAGCGACACGACUGUUGAUGGCAAGGAGAGCAACUGGCUAAAGUCGUCGAAGACGAGCAAGGCAGAGAAGGACCAACCCAAGCCGUCAAAGAGGUGGAACUUUUUUCAACGAGCCCAUGCCGUACCGCGCGCAGCUACCCCAGCUGUUGCCCCAGCCAGCCUUGCAAACCAAGUGCCUGUUUCCCGAUCUGUCGCGCAUUAUGCAUUCUUGGACCAGUCAGAGCUUGACCUAGAUGACAUCGAAGAGCUGAUGAAGGAGGCUAACACCGCAGAUGAAGGCACAGAGAGCGCUCUAUCCGACAACGAGUCUGGGAGAAAGGAGCGAAUGCAGUCUAUGCUGCUACCUCCCAAACCACUACUUCCAACCAACUUCGCACCACCAACCCGUUCUGCCUCACCCAAGGUCUUCCUGCGCUCAGAAGCACAACCUCAGCAGCCGCCCAGAAAAUUGACCAUCAACACCACGCCUGCGCCUCCACCAUCCGAGCGUCGUUCUAUCGCAGACCUAACACCUAUCACCGAUCUCUCGCCGCCGUCGUCGCCCUUCAGUUCACCUUCGCCAGUGUCCCCAAUAAGCACACCUCUUCCUGCACCCACUCCCGCCCCUGUCCCUAUUUCGCCUCCUCAGCAUGUCUCAGUUCCUUCCCAGAGCUUGCCUCCACCCGGUCCACCGCCUACUAGUCCACCUCCAAGGCCGAGCCGCUUGCCCCAGGUUGGUCGCAUACCACAGGUGGUUUCAAGCCGCCGCCAACCGCACCGCCCUUCAUCGCAGUCGUUCUCUCGUCCCUUCGCAACCGGUCAGCCUCGUCCAACUGCCCCACCUCGGAGCUCCUUCGACUCCAUCGGGUCUGUGGUUGCCACUGCUGGUCCAAUUGAGCCGUAUCCAAUUCUACGUGGAUUAAGCGCCCUUACCCAUGGGUCUGCUAUUGCUACUAUGAACUCACCCUCGGACGACUCUAAUACUAGAAGCGAGUUCUUCAAGUUUCCUUCUCGCAAAAACUCUGAGGUUUCUUAUUCAAGUAGCUCGGGCAUCUGGAGCUUUGCUCCUGCUGCUGGAACUGCUGUAGCUCCUAUCCCAGGAGCUCCAUACUCUGAGGACGAACUCUGGAACGAGUAUGACGAUCUGCUCGACGAAGUGCUCUCGCCUGUCACUUCUCGCACCAGCGAGGACAUGACCAACGUUCGGAGCCAACACCCUUCGCUUGAACCUCUCCCUCUAAAGACAAAGGCUCUGCGUGUAUCUACACAGUCCGACUGUUCUGACUGCGAGGCUACAAAUCCUACUCUGCAUCUCCGUCGCUCUCGUUUGCUUGCUGUCUUACACUCGACGCAAUCCCCGACUUCCUCUGUGUCCUUCUCUGAGUUCAUUUCCGACUAUGGCGAGCAAAAGAUCAGCGUGAUUGAUCCUGUCACUGGUAGACUGAGUUUGCCCGCAAGUCCGCGGGUGUCUACGGGCUCGGCCGCGAAGCGCUCAACUCGUUCAAGUCUUCCAGCAUCCUUACCGCUGAGCGCACGACACUCGAAAGCCACUAUUGCCUCAAGGUCUAGCAAGGAUCGUGAUAGUGCCAGCACAAACAGAUACAGAGAUACACGUUUGAUGGAGAUGGCCGAAACCCAAGCGGACGGGCUAUUGUCUAUGGCUAAUCUCCGAUUUGGUGCUCUGAUGACGAGCAAAUGGCUCUCUUUUGGCCGUGUUCUCUUUAGCCCAGUGCACUUUGAACUUAAGGAUGCGAGCGAAGACCGUGUUCUGGUCAUUGACGGACUUGGCAAAGACUGGUCUUACUAUUGCGCACUCACUUAUCCCGAAGCAACUGUAUACGACAUUGGGCCCGAGCCAUCCGCCGCACCGGCUGACAACACCUCUGAGCCGUGGUCGACCCUGCGAAACCAUCGCCACAUUUGUCACUCAUCUCUCAGCAACGCCUUCCCGUUCCCCAUGAACUUCUUUGCAUGCGUUGUUCUCCGCUUCCCGAUCGCGCUCCCUUCGAGUGUGCACCGCUUCGUCCUUUCAGAAGCCAAGCGAGUUCUCCGACCCGGAGGCUAUCUGGAGUUCAGCGUUCUUGAUAUGGAUCUUGUCAAUAUGGGCAACCGAGCUCGCCGUGCAGUUCGUGGCCUCAAGAUGAGGAUGCAGGUAGCCGAUGAGAACACUUCACUCCGCAACAUCAGCGAUGAGAUCAUGGCCGGCAUCGGUAGAAAAGGCUUUGUUGAAUGCAAUCGAUGUGUUGUGGGCGUUCCUGUCGCUGGCAAACUUCCUAGGCCCGAUGAUACAAAGUCGUCAAUCACAAAGCGGAAAGGCAGCACCGCAAGUUCGAGCAGCAAAACGAAAGGUACUCCUGCUCUGCCUAAAGGACCGAAGCCUGAAGUCUCCUUCUCCGACCUCCUCAAUGUCUCCUCUCCAUCUGAAUCGACAGACAACGGCAUCACUGACAUGGUGGCGCGCGUUGGCCGCUGGUGGUAUUCUCGCUGCUACGAGUCCCUCGUCCUCCCUGAAGCCGGAGAACCCGGCGCCGCAACUUCCGGCGACUUGCUUAAGAGCAGCAUCUGGCGCGAUGAAAACCUCGUCAACGAGUGCGAGAAGCGCGGUACAAGCUUCAAGCUCCUCAUCGGGUACGCCCAAAAGCCUGAAGUCGGAGUUCGACGCACCGUCAGCGUCUAA